CAUUUACCCAUGAAAUUUCGAAUACUUGAACGGUCGAUUCUUUUCAUAUUAAAAAAAAGAAUAUUUAAUUGUGAUAAAAAAGAAAAAUGGAAAUUCUAUAUCGCUAGAUUAAUCGUUAUCUUCUAUAAUAUUUAACAGUUAUUUGAAAUUCUAUAUUCUAUUCUUUAAUAUAUUAAUAUUCAUUAUGAAUAGCGAAUAUGAAUAGCUAAGAAUUAAAAUAGUAUAAUAGUGAAUAGCAAAGAUUCUAAGAGUUUAUUGAAUUCUUAUACAUGUCGAAUUUAUGUUAUGUGAGCCUGCUUAGCUCAGAGGUUAGAGCAUCGCAUUUGUAAUGCGAUGGUCAUCGGUUCGAUUCCGAUAGUCGGGUUUUCUCUAUUUAUUUUAUUCUAUGUUUUACAUGAUUGAUAAUGCAUCUUUGAAAUCAAAGAAUAUUGAAAAAAAAAUGUUUUCCUCUUUUGGCGAAAGCCCUUGAUUUAUUAUGUGAUAGGAAUUUCCAACUAUCUAACGAAAAGAAUCCUUUUCUUUUUCUAUAUAUAGAAUAUAAAGAUCUGGAUAUUUAUCCAACUCAUCUCAUUAUUCUUUAAUAGAAUAACUAAGUAAAUUUCGCUUUAUUUAGAAUUUAGUUCAUUUUUAGUUUAGGUUUAUUCUGUAGAAUGAAAUUUCAUCAAUAAGAAUUAAUAAUUAAAUAUAAAUAAGAAGAAGGAGUCUUUAUGUCGCGUUACCGAGGUCCUCGUUUCAAAAAAAUACGCCGCCUGGGGGCUUUACCAGGGCUAACUAAUAAAAGGCCCAGAGCUGGAAGUGAUCUUAGAAACCAAUCGCGUUCCGGGAAAAAAUCCCAAUAUCGAAUUCGCCUAGAAGAAAAACAAAAAUUGCGUUUUCAUUAUGGUCUUACAGAACGACAAUUACUUAAAUACGUUCAUAUCGCCGGAAAGGCAAAAGGGUCAACAGGUCAGGUUUUACUACAAUUACUUGAAAUGCGCCUUGAUAACAUUCUUUUUCGCUUGGGUAUGGCUCCGACUAUUCCGGGAGCUCGCCAAUUAGUUAACCAUAGACAUAUUUUAGUCAAUGGUCGUAUAGUAGAUAUACCAAGUUAUCGCUGCAAACCCCGAGAUACUAUUGCGGCGAGGGAUGAACAAAAAUCUAAAGUUCUAAUUCAAAAUUCUCUCGAUUCAUCCCCCCAUGAGGAAUUGCCAAACCAUUUGACUCUUCAACCAUUCCAAUAUAAAGGAUUAGUCAAUCAAAUAAUAGAUAGUAAAUGGGUCGGUUUGAAAAUAAAUGAAUUGCUAGUUGUAGAAUAUUAUUCUCGUCAGACUUAAACCUAACAAAAAUAAAAUCAACACUAAUAAGAAUAAGUAAGAAUAAGGGUUCGACCCAUUUUGCUCCCUUUCGGCGAAGUAAAUUAACCUAAGGUUAAGAUAAAUAAGGGUUUGAUCCGGAUUUUUCUUCCAUUUAGGUAUCAUAGACCGAGAGGGAGAUUUUCAUUCCUUGUCUACUCUACUCUUUUCUUUACACAGUAUUUUCUGUACCACAGCCAUUAGGAAUAGAGAAUCCAUAUCAAAGAAAGGUCUAACUGUUGGAAUAGUCGUAUCCAUUGCUAUUUGAUCUAUUGUGGUUAGUAAGAUCGAUGAAUUAGGUGAAGGUACGGAAAGGAAAGAGAGGGAUUCGAACCCUCGGUAAGCAAAAGCCUACAUAGCAGUUCCAAUGCUACGCCUUCAACCACUCGGCCAUCUCUCCUACAUAAUGAUUAUGACCCAAAAAACUAAAAUCGAGUGAAUAGUGAAUCAUUCUAGAUUAUUGGGUAGGUACAACCAAUCAACUCUAACUAUAAAGCGAUCAAAAUCGAAAAUUUUUCAUCAUAGUAAAAGAAGUAUCUUUCCUUCUAGGCUGGGGGGAUAAAGAUAAAAUUUUUUUCUUACAAAAAAUGUUCUCUUCUUUUUCUGAAUUCUCUAUUUAUAUAUUUAUACUAUACCGACCGGAUUAAAUCAAUAAAUUAGAAAUUCUAAUGAAUCAACUGAGCGAGGGA